AUCUUCCAUCUUCCCACGUUCGCCUGGCUUCCACGAGUGCUCUUUGAUCGCGUUGCCCUCGUUCCCUUUUGCCCUUCGUGUCGUUCAUCGACUCUCUGUGCCGCUUCCUGCAGAGAGGAAGGCCCUCCAGUGUCUCCAGAGAGAAAAAAAAAAUAAAAAAAAAAGGAGAGAGAAAAAAAAGGGAACGCAACCCGGCCUCUCCCUCCACUCCUGCGGCCCCCCGGCCGUUACCCUUUUUUUCCCCCCUGUUCCGCCGCGCGAGAUGAGCGGCCUCGCCGAUCCCCCGUCAAGAAACACUGGGAUUUCUGGUGCUACAGAUGCGCCCGGCAAGACACGAAAGCUUCCUGUUCUUUCUUCCUCCGUUCCUCCUUCGUCCGCUCCGUCCACGGGCGACCCGAUGGAACUCACUCCACAUGCCUCGGCGGCGACAGGCGCUGGUCCCCCGAUCCACAGCAGCCCCGAUAGUGAUCGAGCAGGCGCAAACGCUGUCGCUGCCUCCAAUGGCUCUUCUGAAGCUGGCAACGUGAAUAACCAUGCAGCCCCGAAUCAGGCUAUUGGGGCUGCCGCUGCUGCCCAGCAACCCAAGGUUGUGCAAACCGCUUUUAUCCACAAGCUUUACAAUAUGCUAGAGGACCCUAGUAUCCAGCACCUGAUUUCGUGGUCCAAUACCAACGACAGCUUUGUCAUGUCUCCUACAUCCGAAUUCUCAAAAGUUCUUGCACAAUAUUUCAAACACACCAAUAUUUCGUCCUUCGUCAGGCAACUGAACAUGUAUGGAUUCCAUAAAGUGAGCGAUGUUUUUCAUACCGGGUCCCCAGAUUCAGCCCUGUGGGAAUUUAAACAUGGGAACGGCAAUUUCAAACGCGGUGAUCUAAAUGGACUGCGAGAAAUCAAAAGACGGGCAUCUCGACACGCAUUAAUCCACCGCGAUUCGUUCCCUGGCCAUAAGCCAGCCGUUUCUCAGCCUGGCACCCCGGCCGAGCCUGUUCCCGAUGCCACCGAGGCGCGACUGAUGAACCUAGAGCAUUCUUUAUAUGACAUGCAUAAUCGCCUGACCCGGGCGGAGGAAGGAAAUGUGGCACUUAACGCCCGGUAUCAAUCCAUGGCGGAGAGCCUGGUGCGAUGCUAUCAUUGGACCCAUUCGAUCUCACGGUUCCUACAGGGAAUGAUACCUGACCGUGAAGGGCUGUUGUAUCGGGAUGUGUCAAGCAUGCAAGCAGAGUUGGAGAAACACCUAGAGGCUGUACGAGCCCUCGAACAGCCCCCCGACCCGUAUCUUGCCGUCCGCCCGCCUUAUAUUCCUACCGUAUCAGUCGACCCAGGUCCGCCGCUGUCUCCGCGCCAAAUGCCCCAGGAAGAUUCCCGCCGGCCUUCGAUGCUGGAUGCUAGCAGGCCUAACAUCAUCCGUCCGCCAGUACCCCCACACUUGGCUGUUUCUCCCCGUCGUUAUGGCUCGAUUGGUGCUGGAAAUUCUUCGCCGAGCUACAACAGACCUCCCGUCCCGCCUGCCAUCCCUCCCCAGCAGCCGAUGCCUCAUCCUCUUUCCUCCGUGUCCUCUCCACCGGGGCCCAACUUGGCUCGUCGGCAUACCUCUGCAGAUAUUCGGCAACACGGUUGGCCACCGCCGGGCGUGUCUCCAUUCGCGUCGGGUCACCAGCCAGCAGGGUCGGCUGCGGCACCGUGGUCCCCGUCGCCGCACCGGACUCCGACAUCCACUGAGCAGCAGGUCCGGGAAGUUUUAGCACAGUAUGAAAUGGGUGCACCCCGUCGUUUCCAGGAGACAUCGCGCCAUGCCACGCCGCCUUUACACCCAGACCACAUAGUCUCCACCCCCAACGCCGACCACGGCUGGCCAUUGGGAGGUCCCAGGUUCCCUCGGCAUGAAUCGUCCCUGCCAGCGACCCGACGUUCCAGUAUGGCUAGCAAUGUACACUCGCUAUUAAACCCGGCCGAUACCGCGGAAAGGCCAGACGAAGAUCAACACGCGAUGGCGGAUGACAGGAAACGGAAGCGACUGGAAUAAGGAGUUCUCAACUUUUUUUUCUUGUUCUCCCGUUCAAUCACCUACCAAUUCUUCUUUUUGUUCCUCCCUUGCGAAAACAGCUCGUUACUAUUAAUUCGA